CUGGCAGCCGCGCAUUCCUGGCUCGGCUGCACUGAUCAAGACAACGAACGAAUCCUCGAAUGGAUGAAAGGCAACGCAACCGAAUACCGAAAGCCUGGAGACCUCUUCGUCGAUACCUUCGCUCCCGGGCUUGCAGUCUUCUGCCACGGCUGGCCGCGUGCAAAACACAACCCCGGAAACUGGAUCGAUGAAUCCAGCAACUACCUCUGGGAUAUCGCAGCGCAACAGUUUAAGGGCGAUACACAUGCCUGUCACCCUAGUCAACGCAGUCCGACGUACUUUAUGGAGGAGAAUGCGGGGAUGGCGACUGCAAAGCCGGGUGGUAGUAUCAAGUUGAUGUUUGGUGGGAAUGGACACUCGAGGGGUGCGAAUGUGGAUGGUGGUGAUCCGGGAAAGAGUGUCGUGUAUUGGAAGGGUAAGAAGGAGGCCGAGAUUGAGGACAUCAAGGAGCUUACCAAGAAGAACAAGCUCAAGGAAAUUGGAUUUGCGGAGGAGGCAUUUAUCUGGCCGGAGGAUCCGAACGUCAAAAGUCCAAUUGAGGGCAUGUUGGAUAAGGGAAAUUGGAUGACGGUCAACAUG